AUAAUUUUCAGAUGGACGUGCCUUUUCAAAACCCUGAUGUGCUUCGUUUAGCCGAAUUACAAGUCAAUCCAAUUUUAGAUGCUCUCAAUAACGCGUUCGAUGAGUUUUCCCGUGUUGUGAAAGCACGACCUUCGUUGACGACUGCUGUGAUUGUGGAAAACAUAAGAGAAGAACUAAUUGGUUUCGUCAACGUGAUCACUAUGCAAAUGAACACUGGAAAUGUCACCGGACUUGUGAAUCAUCUUCUCGACGCUCAAAAUAUGACUCAAAAAAUCAUAAUGGUUACGCGGAAAAUUCGUUUUGAAAACGGAUGUCGAGGAUUUCACGUCACAGACUAACUAUUCAAUGUAUUUAACAAGUAUUCCUAUUUUUAUUGAAUAACAACUCAAUGAUCUCAUUGAAGAUUUCGAUAAUCAACUUGUUUUUAUUUAUUGUGUAAAUUUGAUAGUCUUAUUACUUCUGAAGAGAAAUUAAAAAAAUUGAUUUU